CGAAGGGUCACAGUCAUCGCCUGUUUUCCUCACAAUUCAGUUUCAAAUUUGCGAUAAAAAUGUUGAAAAACAUAUUGAAUGUUGUUCGAAAUCACACUGUCCUUGUAAGGAAAGAAAUAGUUCACAAAUAUCUCCUGCCAUCCAUGGUUCACCAACAAGUUCGUCAUUAUGAUGAUUUUGAUACAGAAUUUGAGCAGAUGAAGACACAACAGGUUCCAGACCAAGAGAUUCCUCCAGCCAAAGACUCUACAGUUUAUGAAAUCAUGAACUUCAAGGUCCAAGGGUAUGACUGUACAUUGGUUGAACACUUUGCUCAGUAUGCCCAUAACCUAGCCAAGAACAUGGAACUCAAUAUCUUUGAGAGCUAUGCUAUGCCCACCAAAUCAACGCUGAUACAUACAAUACAAAAACCAGGUACACCUGAGAAAGAGAAAGUUAGAGACUUCACUUUACACACACAUGAAAGAGUUAUACAGAUUCAAGAUCUUCCAAGCACGACAGCACCUCUCUUCACUGAAAUGCUUCAGCUGAAUCUACCUGAGGGUGUACAAAUGAAGAUAGAACCACACACUCAAGAACACUUCAAGGAGCGCUACAUCAGGAAGGAGAUCCCAGACUCAUUAUUAUGAAGACCUAUCAAGAAUAUUGUAGCAUAAAAGACUAUCAUCUUGUGUAGAAAUUUAUUGUGGCCUUGGAAAGAUAGACAUGAAACAGGAUAUGGAUAUUGUGCAGCAUGUGUAAAGAGAGAGUGAUCAGUAUUCUGGAUGAUGCUACUUCAUGUUGCAGACCUGACCACCUGACCCGAUCACCUGGCCUGAUCAUGUGACCUUGUGACCUGAUCAAAUCUUGAUUUGACAGAAAGUACAGCCAUAUUUGAAGAUUAAUGAAGGUUGUGUUGAGAUGCUGGAUUUCACAUUUGCUUUCCAUAUCCCCCAUUGGUUUGUUGAAAUUGGAGGAUUUAGCAAUUGAUUACUGAAAUUCUUCUUGGAAGAUAUAGAGGUGUCAAAAAUUCUUGAAAGAAAUUACAAUGUUGAAAUACAUGGAUGAUGUCAUCAAGAUAAUGGAAAGUAAAAAUGACAGGAAACAACUUUAUUUAUUUUAUUCGGGGAUAUUCUUCUUCAUAGUAAAGGCAAAAUAAUUCAACAUGUUAUGUUGGGUCAUUUAUCAACUAUGAAAAUGUACUGAAACAGUAAAUCGAUCCAAUAUCAUACAAAUCUGAAAAAAGGACAUUUCAAACAUGUGGUACUCAAAUCAUCUCCUUUAGGCGACUAUUGCUACAGUUAAAAACUUAAAGAUUUACCUUUACCUUUACCUCAGGUAUGAAUCAACAUGUAUUGAAGUAUUGAAGUAUAAGGCACUUAUGUACCAGUGCAAUUAUUGUAAAUGUUAUUGACAAUAUGCAUUAGGACGAGCUAUUAUUUGAAUAACAAUGAUUGCUAUUGGAAUUGCAUUACUGUCUUUACUUUAUCCAUGUAAAGUUAUUAAAUAUUUUGAAAAUCAGUAUAUUAAAGUACAAAUAAAGAUGUGGGUGAAUUGAGUUAUUUGAAAGCUGUUUCAUUUUGUAUUCAUUCCUAUGAAUUGUUCCUGUUUGAUUGACGAGGAAACUUCAUUGUCACAUAUUUUGAUGAGCCAUAUGCCAGCUCUUAAUUUCUACUUUAUAUAAAUAUAUGUGCGUAUAUAUACAUGUGAGAAUUUAUACGUGUACAACAGCUUUGGAAACUCUUUUUAUUUACAUAUAAGAAUGUUGUGAUAGAAACGAAUGAAGAGAACAAUGGUAGGCGUAGCUUGAAUCGAGUUUGCCCAGAGCUAUUUAUCCUGUGAAAACUUUGGUGAGGCCAAAAGAUAUAUGUUUGUUGGGAAAAAUUAUUGUAGGUUUCGUGGAAGUUGCUGUUAUUGUACCUCAUACUACUGUUUCAGUCCUCACUGAUGGUUAUUGAAAAGGUAGUAUCUCUGACUUUUGUGCAAAAAAAAAUUAUCUUCAGAAAUAUUUCUGCUUCUUUCACUUUUCAAUUGUAUUCAUAUGCUUUCACUAUAAACUUAUUUUUCAAUAUGUUUACCGUUUCUCCUUCUUCACCCCAAAGUACCUUGAAUCUUUCAAACUAUUCUUGUAGCUCUUCAAUUGAUCUACUUUAUAUUUUCACUUUUUCUACUCACGUAGCCUUUUGUGAUGUAGAAACUUUGCAGUAGGCCUAUAUUUUCUUCGAGCAGCUAUAUAAUUACUUGCCGCUUAUCCUAAAAACAUGUGUUGCUACAAUUUAA